GGGUAGUUUCUUUUUCCUCCUAACAGUUAUAAAGUAGUCCAGUAAAUUCUACGUGUGUGAAUAAAUAAACACAUCUAUUACUGUUUUCUGUAGUGCAUAAUAAUUAGCUACCUAUUAAUAUUUUUUUUCACAAAUCAGAAAAGGUGAGUUUAAAAUGCUUAGUUCAGGUAAGAGCGGCCUUAUAACUGAGGCUUCUAAUAUGAAAGCCAACCAAAAUCUCACCUCUGCUAUUGAGUACAUGGCAAGUAAGGAGUAUCAACAAUCUCGAGAUUUGGAUGAUGCUAUCCCAACUCACCGCUCUGCCGCUACUCAGGGGGGACUAAAUGGUAAAAGCACUCUUCAGGUUUAUGAUCCCAAGUCAGAGAAAGAAGCGGAGCGCACUGAACGUGGCAACGAUCCUGAGGACAACGACGAGGAUUUGGAGUUGAUUGAACUGCGUCGCACGCGAAUGGAGAAGAUGAAGCUUUUAUGUGAUCAAGAAGCUAUUUGGCGCAGCAAACAACACGGACAGUAUCGCGAGAUCGACCAGGAUGAUUUUUUUAACGUUGUGGUGCGCGAAAAGGGUGGUAGCGAUCAGUGUUGUAUUAAUUUCUACCACAAGGAUUUUGAGACUUGUAAAGUAAUGGAUCGACGUUUGUCGGAGCUUGCUCAAAUGACACUUUCAAUACGCUUUGUGAAGAUCGACGCCGAGCGGGCUCCAUUUUUAGUUGAUCGAUUGCGAAUCACGACGCUUCCAUGUUUAUUGUUAUUCAAAAACGACAUUUGUGUGGAUCGCAUUUUGGGUUUCAGUGGGUGUACAUCAGAGGAUGGUACACUGGACUUGGACUUGCUGAGUGAGAGGAUUAACCAGGCUAUGACAACACUGAACACUAGCAUUGGCAAUGGGUGAUAAAAAUGUAUGACAAUAUAUCAGGUAAAAAAGCGCCAUUAUUAGUUCUGACACGAGGUGAAUACACUACAUUCUAUUUUUGUUUAAUCCUUUUUCUAGGUGUGAAUGACAGGAUGUAUGGUUUAUGCCGGCUAUGAUCUUUUCCUUGCUUGAGGAGAGAAGUGAUAGAAAGUCGAUGA